AGCAGCAGCAUAAUCAGUACUAGCAGCAGCCACAGCAGAACCAGCACUAGCAGCAGCAGCAGAAUCAGCACUAGCAGCAGCAGAAUCUCAGGAUGGGGGGCGACUCCCAGCGCGUGUCUCGCUGGUACUUUGGGGGCCUCGCCUCUGCGGGCGCGGCUUGCUGCACGCACCCCCUGGACCUGAUCAAGGUCCACCUGCAGACGCAGCAGGAGGUGCGGAUGCGCAUGAGCUCCAUGGCGGUGCACGUGGUGAGGACGCAGGGCGUGCUGGCACUCUACAACGGCCUGAGUGCAUCGCUGUGCCGCCAGCUCACCUACUCGCUGGCUAGGUUCGCGAUCUACGAGCGGGCGCGCGAGUUCGUGGGGAGGGACGGUCGGAACCCGCCCUUCCACACCAAGGUGUUGAUCGGCGCCCUCGGGGGGUUCAGUGGGGGCCUCAUCGGCACGCCGGCUGACUUGGUGAACGUACGGAUGCAGAAUGACAUCAAACUGCCACUUGACCAGCGACGCAACUACAAGCACGCCAUCGACGGCAUUUACCGGGUGGCCAAAGAAGAGGGCAUCAGGAAGCUGUUCAACGGCGCUACAAUGGCAGCGAGCCGUGGGGCGCUGGUCACGGUUGGACAGCUCUCGUGCUAUGACCAGGCCAAGCAGCUGGUGUUGGCGACGGGGCUCAUGGGAGACAACAUCACAACGCACUUCCUCGCCAGCUUCCUCGCGGGGGGCUGCGCUACUGCGCUGUGCCAGCCGUUCGACGUGCUCAAGACGCGGCUGAUGAACUCGCACGGGGAGUACCGGGGCGUGCUGCACUGCUUCUCUGAGACCGCCCGGCUCGGCCCCUUCGCCUUCUACAAGGGCUUCGUCCCCGCUGCGAUCCGACUCAUCCCCCAGACGGUGCUCACCUUCAUCUUCCUGGAGCAGCUGAGGUCACACUUUGGCCUCGUGCUCGCGUGAGCCUCACGGAGUGCUCGCGUGAGCGAGUGUCGGAGUGUGGGGUGUGAGUGUGUCAGUGAGUGUGGGAGUGUGGAGUGAGUGUGUCAGUGAGUGUGGGAGUGUGGAGUGAGUGUGUCAGUGAGUGUG